AUGGCUCCCCCGGCCCCCACAACUUCAGACCGACUCUACCACCGGCCGGAAAGUGGCCUCGUGACGUCAUUGCAGCGCGCCGUUCGCCGGCCCGGAAGCGCGCCGCGGGGAGCUGCGGCGUUUCCAUGGGAACCAAACGGCCGCGACUCGCCAGGGUCUGAGACGCCUACAGGCGCUGAGUGCGCGGUCGCCGGGGCUGCGUCCGGGGCGGGGCCGCGCCUCCCGUGUGGGCUCAUCAUCGUCAUGUUGAGCUGCCUUUUCCUCCUGAAGGCACUUCUUGCUCUUGGGUCCCUGAUAUCCUGGGUGGCUUCUGGAGAGCAUGUGAAAGAAGGAGAAUGCCCUCCUAAUAAGAACCUAUGCAAAGAGCUGUGCUGGGGGGACGAAUCAUGUCCGGCUGGGCAGAAGUGCUGCAGCAACGGCUGUGGUCGGGUCUGCCGAGGAGGCAUUCUGAAGGGGAGGAAAGGAGAUUGUCCCAGGGCUGUUCGGAAACAAUCCUGUUUCCAAAGGUGCGUCACUGAUGAGACUUGUCCGGGUAGAAAGAAAUGCUGCGCAUUUGGCUGCAACAAGAGCUGUGUGGUCCCAGUGUCUCAACCAAAGCUGGAGCCUGGAGGUGAAUGUCCGGCUGACCCCCUUCCGUGUAAGGAGCUGUGUGAUGGGGACGUGUCCUGCCCCCAGGGGCUUAAAUGCUGUAGCACCGGCUGUGGCCACUCCUGCCGUGGAGACAUUAAGGGAGGGCGGAGUGGUGAUUGUCCAAAUAUUUUGGUGGGCUUGUGCAUUGUCAGUUGCAUGACGGAUGAGAACUGCCAGGCCGGGGAAAAGUGCUGCAAGUCAGGCUGCGGCCGCUUCUGUGUCCCACCAAUUCUGCGAGCCGAACUGGCCACAAACCCCAGCUGGACCCUCAGGUCUGAUUCUGAAUUAGAGACCCGGGUGUCCUAGCUGUCCUGAGCUGCUACAGGGGGCUUGUUCUGGCUGCCAGGAGAGGGAGAUAUCCUGGGGCUGUGACUCUCCGGGGGGCUCUCAUUGCCCUCCCUGCUCUGCUUCUGUUCGUGCUGCUGCCCUGAGCGUGGGAAUAUAGCCGUGGAUUUGGGCAAUGGUGUUCGGUGCUGCUUGUCCCCAGUAAAGGCUCAUGCUGA